ACGUAUACCUAUCCCAUGAGAAUGAGAUUCUUACUGCCACAUGGCAACUCGCUAUCUCACAGAUUGGCCCUCCUAUCUUUUGAGAUAAGAGGCUCCCUCCAGAUUCCACAUUGCAUACACACUCCAAUCAUGGCUUCCGCUUAUGCUUCCUCUGCCAUUGCAGCUGUUGGCAUCUCUAGUCCAAACACAAAAGCUUCAUUCCUAAGUGGGAGGAAGUUGAAGAGGGCGGCUAAGCAGGCAGCAGGCGUUAGAGGAGUAUCGAGCACAAGAGUAUGUGCAGCAGCGGCUGACCCUGAGAGACCCCUGUGGUUCCCGGGAAGCACGCCUCCUCCAUGGCUUGAUGGCACCCUUCCUGGAGACUUUGGGUUUGAUCCACUUGGUCUGGGGUCUGAUCCUGAGAGCCUGAGAUGGAAUGUGCAGGCAGAGCUGGUGCACUGCAGGUGGGCAAUGCUGGGUGCUGCGGGCAUCUUCAUUCCUGAAUUCCUAACAAAGAUUGGCGUGCUCAACACGCCAUCGUGGUACACAGCUGGAGAACAGGAGUACUUCACGGACACAACCACGCUCUUCAUAGUUGAGCUCAUCUUCAUUGGAUGGGCAGAGGGAAGGAGGUGGGCUGACAUCAUCAAGCCAGGCUGUGUCAAUACCGACCCCAUUUUCCCAAACAACAAGCUCACUGGCACCGAUGUUGGUUACCCCGGUGGCCUCUGGUUUGACCCUCUCGGAUGGGGCACUGGCUCUCCUGAAAAGAUCAAGGAAUUGAGAACUAAGGAGAUCAAGAAUGGCAGGCUCGCCAUGUUGGCUGUCAUGGGUGCUUGGUUCCAGCACAUCUACACCGGCACUGGUCCCAUUGACAACCUCUUUGCCCACCUUGCUGAUCCCGGCCAUGCUACCAUUUUUGCUGCUUUCACCCCCAAGUGAUGACAACACUGGCAAGUAAGAAGUAGAAGUAAGAACAACUAUGGAUCGGAUGAGAUUGCAAUCCUGGGGGAAACAUUGCUGCAUUUGUUUAACCCAAGUGAUUAGGAAGGAGGGUCUGUCAUCUAUGCAUGUGAGUUGAAAGAAAUUGUAACAUGGUUACUACUUCUAUAUCAUGCACAGAAUGCAUGAUAAUUCGAUGUACAAACACCUAUCUAAUAAAUCUAUAGAUGCCAUGAAUGUAAGUUCAGGUAACUAGCAUAGAGGUGGGGAUCUCGCGUCCUUGUUAACCUGCUGAAUCUUUACUUGACAUUUUGCCGAUGCUCUGAAAUAACGAAAAGCAGACUCCACUACAAAAAGUCUAAUGAAAGAACACAAAUUUACCUAUCCAACGUGUUUUUGGGUUAAUCAAAGGCCUAUAGAUGCUCUUAUCAAGACUCAGUAAAGUGAACCAACAUUCAUUGUCACUUGAAGUAAUCGUUGACUUGCUUAAUAAUAUCCUUGUACCACUACCAUCGCUAUACACAAAUAAUACAACUAACACUACUUACUAUCCCUGCUACAAAUUAUAUAAUUGAUUUAUGUGAAGCUAAGCCAUAGUUUAAUUUCACCAAGCAUUGGUAUAAAAUGAUGCUCCUCUUCUGCUGUGUGCCUAGCUUGCCAAUCAAGCUUGAUGAAUUUUGAGCUGUGAAUAUGAGAUAGCAUAAAUGACCAUGCACUUAGAAAUCUACAUUCGCUUCCUAUUAGAUCACUCCAUCAAAAACUUGUAAAAACAAACAAAACUUCUCUUCAUGAUGAUUGAUGAUUCCAUCUGCAAAAGCAAUUUUAAACAAUAGUGUUCUACAUGUGGUUACAUAGUUGCAAUUGCAUAGCAUACACGGUUGCAGCAAGAUCAUGAACUUUCUUUCGUUUAUUCUUUUCCAAGUGAUCCUGUAUUGCUACAUCUAAUUAUAGGACUUGAUCACAUAAAUAUGAAUAACAGAGGUUACACUGAUGAAAAUAUACGUAUAAUAGUUGCCCGUGAGGCCCUCCAAAGUAGAGGUUUUUAAGAGCCACCAUCAUGCUUCUUCCUGCGGUUCCC